AUGAUCGAAUCUGGACUGAAAGGUAACAAUAAAGACACAAAUCCCAUUUUCAAAGACGUGACGGAGAAAUGGCUUCAGAAACUUUGCCCUGCCAGGGGAAUCCAGCUCUUCUGCGUCACUGAGUUUCUUCAAUCGGAAAAGGGGAAGAAAUUGGCAAGGCCAAGGGACCGAGAAUCCCUGAAUCGGGUGCGUCCUUCGAACGGAGCUCCGAGGGUCCUUCCGCGCAUCCCUUUUCGUCCGUGGGUUCAACGAUUCGACGUUCGAUUCGUCUAUCGAUUCGUAGGGUUUGAUCGGGACUGCUUGGGGAGAGUGGACGUGGGAAAUUCAUCCCCACCCCAUCGCAAAGUGGAACCUUUUUUCCACAAGCCUCCCCGAGGUGACGUCCCUGGAGACGACAGAACGUGGGGAGAUCGCAUGCCUUCGGGGCCAGAGGCGAGACUCCACCCGACUCGACGCUCCAAGCGGGAUUUCCGAGUCGCAGUCACCGCCGUCUGGGAGGAGGCGGCGGCGAGGGUCGAAGGGAAAACGCUCCCAAAGGCGGAUACAUUCGCCGACUCUCCAUGGCUGGCCCUGCCGGUGUUGUGCGUCCUGCUGACGUCAUGCGUGGCGAACCCCCUCCCGGUGGAAGUACCAGCAGGUGUGAGUCCAGCCGCGUGCCCCAACUACCCUAUCUGCGACCCGAAUGUUGACCCUCAAUCGGGACUGGCCCGAGGGGUCGGUGUCCCGGUGGUUGCACCCAUCAUUAAUCUCGAGUACCCGGCGGGACUCGACUUCACGCAAUGCCACAACUUCCCCUUCUGCUCGGAUAACCUGCCGGAUUCCUUCCGUGCCGCACUCGCCCCUCCACUGCAGAAUUCCGUGAAGGUCCCCGCUGGCGUGAAUCCGGCCGUUUGUCCCAACUACCCCUUCUGCAACUACGCUCCGCUCAAUCCAUUUCCAGUAGUAAGCCAGGGGCAGGAGCAAACGGGCCAGCUGAAUGACUACGACUAUACACAGGGUAACGCCGAAGGCCAGGUGGGAGCCCCUGCAGUCAAGGACUACGAUUACCAACCUGGCACUGCCAAUGACCAGGUGGAAGUAAUUGAGAUUUCUGGCGAUCAGGGCGGAACCACUCUGAACGACUACGACUACCAAUCGGGUAAUCCCGUCCAGCCGGCUUCAGCUGGAGCGGAGCUGGUUGUUCCUAUCGUGCAGGUCCCACCUGUGGACGCCAGGUCGGCGUCCCUUUCCCAGCCUCAACAGUUCCAGUCGGCUCAGUACCCUGCCGACUUCGAUCCUGCCAGCUGUCCUAAUUUUCCCUUCUGUCAUAACUAGAGUACGAAAAAGCAUCGUGUGAUGGGUGAUUUGCACGUUGACUGCCUCCUUGUUUACGCAGGGACCGUUUUCUUUUUGCCAAAAAGUCUUUCAUAUGGAUGAAUGUGACCCUUUUGACGAUGUUUUUGACCCCCAAUAAAAGAGAUUUGACCAA